AUGUGUGCCUGGUUGUCGGAAAUCGCUUUCCUGGUCAGCAGCUGCAGUACCAAGAUCUCUGUCCUACUCUUCUACCGUCGCCUGACCAAAGGCACCAUUAGCACGCGUUGGAAGGCGGCCACGAUCGGCGCAAUCAUCUUCACGGUCGGCUACUGCCUCUCACUGAUACUAGCCUUGAUCUUGACAUGCCAGCCCACCAACUCUUAUUGGCUGUCUUACUCCCCAACAUACGAAAAACCAUAUCAUUGCGUGGACACGAGAAGUGUGAAUCCGCUCUCCGGCGCACUCAGUGUCUUUAGCGAUUUCUAUUCAGUGUUGCUACCGAUGCUAAUGCUCCGCCACUUCGACAUCCCACACCGCCAAAAGACAGCACUCUACGCUGUCUUCUCGCUGGGCUUCCUCGUGGUAGCUGCGGGCUGCGUACGGACAUACUACAUCUAUAAGCUCGGCACGGAUUACGAUAUCACUUGGGUCGGCUACCACCUCUUCGUCUACUCGGUACUGGAAUUACAGCUCGCAUUGAUCUGUGCCUCGGCGCCAGCUCUACGAGUCUUCUUCAGAGAAUACCUCAGUGAUCCUUUCACCCGUGCUGUAAAUGCCACACGCUCAGCUAGCAGCGGACGAGGAACAAAUCGUGGCUCAGCUCAAGUUGAGCUAGGAGCUGUCUCGUUCUCCUCACCUGGACUCAGAUCGUCGGUCGGAUCUAGUGAGUUUGGUGCAGAGAAGAAGCUGGUUCAACAUAGGAGUGAGCCUCUACUCGAGACCGUGGGUGAGACAGAUCUGGAAACGAUCUCGUUGACAGACACGACCCCCCGGAAUGGUAGUGAGUCGCUGCCCGUCAGGACGCCGGAAGAUUUCGAGGCAUAUGCUUUGAAGAAUUUACAGCGGAAUCGACCACCGUAUCAUCUGAAAACAAAGAGCAGGGCGUCCGAAGAGUCGACGUAUUACAUGGAGCCGGCACUGCAGAAGCCUUUUACGGACUUGUACAGCCCACCCUCGAGAGGAUGA